AUAAAUAUGUUAACAUGACCGUAAACAAAUAUAACCCGGGAAAGCCACAUGAGUAACUGUUUCAGAUCUCUCUAUAAACCUUCAUGAAGAUAGGCCUAUGUGAGAUGAUCAAUUAUCGACGACGAACUUCUGGUGGAAUUCCGAUCUGCUCUGAAAUAAGAUGACAUCAAUGACUAUGCUGUUGCACAUCAGGCGGGCAUUCUGUACAAGGGCAUGGUUACAACCAGGCAGUAAAGCUUCGCUGACGAAAGUGUUUAUGGCCGACGAAGUGCAAACCUUCUCCGAGAUCAGUCAGGAUAGAAACCCUAUUCACAUCGAUCCAGAAUAUGCUGCAAAUACACGAUUUGGGAAAUGCAUUGUCCAUGGCGUUUUGCUAAACGGUUUACUGUCAGCUGUGUGCUCCACCAAGUUACCAGGACCAGGUGCUGUAUAUCUGUCUCAGGAACUAAAAUUUCUGGCUCCAGCUUUCGUAGGUCAGUCUGUGACAGCCGAGGUGGAGGUAAUAGAUAUCGAAAGACUCGUCAUGACCUUGUCAACAACUGUUCGAGAAACUGAUACACUGAAGCUUUUGUUGGAAGGAUCAGCCAAACUCGUGAUACCAAAGAAAUUAGCUAGGGGGAGGUAACCCUUGUGAACUUAACUAAGUUAAACCAUGUAGAAUUCCUUCCUCAUUCGGACUUGCCAUUGGGUUAACAGUGUUCUUAUCAGAAUCAUUAUCUGGAAUUUCUUAUUUGUCGCUGUUAAUAAGUUCAUAAAUUAGACAAAACUUCCAGUAACAGUGUAAAGAGAUGUAGAGAACUUACCUCUAAGAGUUGACAUGAAAAUGCAUUGUGUGCGAAUAGGAGAAGACAGGAAAUUGAAAUGAUUAAUGAGAAUGCAUGGAUACUAGGUGUUCUGUUGUCAUCAGUAUUUACAACCCAUAAUGAAUGCUAAAAUGUUUUAUAUACUCCUUUUAUUGUUAUUACAUUUCCUGUUAAUACUCAAAACACAUUUGGUUGCCGAGUUCAGAUAUUGCUAAUGUCCUGAUAUGAAAACGUACACAUUUUAGCGUUUAUCUUAUUAAAUCGGGGGGUUUUUUUUUGCGCUAAAAGCAUUCCGCUAAUUUAUGAAUGUGCUAAUUACACUUCCUUUACAUCGUUUUCUAUGGUAAGCAUUUAGGUGUUCUUAUUCAUCGUUUUUCUUAUCUCUUUGAAUUCAGCUAGGCGCAAAAAUUUGAAUACGUGAAAAUAAUACUAUUAAAGUAUAUGGAAUUUCCCUUCAGUCAGUUAAUAAACAGCUGGCCAAUCAAGAUUUCACUUUCCCCAUGUAACGUAAGUGGUAUUGAAACGUUGAAAAAAAGUCUUUUUUCGUUUGGAGAUGCAGUAUUAAUUAAAGUUUUGAAUCAGUGAAAUUCUCCUUUGCUGAUAUUUUAUGUGAGCAGGAUGAACUGUCAUAAUGUAACCGUAGUAAACAAUGUGUUAUACUAAAGUCACGUGAUUUUUGUUUUUCCUAACGUCUCUUCUGAGUUCACACACGUUUUGGCCAACAACAUUACUAACGAGCCAUAGAAGGAUGAAGCAGAUAUGCGAUGCGAUUAUAUAUUCAUUAUAAGUCAUUUCCAGUUUCUAAUACUUGAUUCAUAUUUAAAGGUUCCAUUCUCUUAUAUCCUUUGUCCAUCUCAUCCAUCAAAUUACAUGUCAAUAAAAUAAAUCCAGGCCUGUGUUUGGUUAAAUUACAUGUGAAUGAAAAUCAACGCUUUUGACUUUUGGCAAUAAUUUUAAUCUUUUUAUUUGGCUGCCAUUUUUUUUAUCAUUUUUAUAUAUAUAACAAUUCUAACAACAUCUAAAAUAUAACAGUUUUUGUGAAAGAUGAAAAAUAGAUUGUUUUGAUUUCUUUUCAAAAUGGGAGCGGUAAUCCAUGACCGUGUACUAAAAAAGAGCGUCCGUUGUCGGUCAUAGAUUUAAUAAAUAUUGACGAAUCUG